ACUACUAAACAUUCUUAUUAGCUCAAUCAAGAGUUACAUGUUUUUCUCAGUAGCCAGCUUCAAUCUCUCAGUCUAUACACAUCAAGGACUCUCUAUAAACAAACAACAUUACUGUGAAAUCACAGAGAAAGAAAGAAAAAAAAAGACUAAUAAUUCUAGAAAAUCAUUAAACUUGCAACACCACACCUUGAGGAUCCACAAUAAGAUACUAUAUGCCAAAAGAAAACGUGAGGCCUCCCUAGUCCCUAAUGACAUGUGGAAUUUAUAGGAUUCAAAAGAAAAUAAUCCAAGGCUGCUUGAAGCUAAAUACUCCCUCUGCCACUAGAAUCAAACUCAAGAGAUAAGGAAAAUAAAACUUCACAAGACAGAACACAGAGAGAGAGAGAUGAGCCGUUGCUGCUCUCUUGGGCUCUGUGCCCCGAAUGCGUUGUCUCUUUCUUCAACCCCUCGCAGUGUCAAAGCUCCUCUCUCUAUUACAUCUCACACCAAACCCAUCUCUAACACCGAUUCUCUUCUUCAUAAUAUUGCCAAGAUGAGAGCAAAGGCUGGUGACUUCUUUGGAGCAAAGAAGACAAUCUUUGCAGCUCAACUCGGGACAGUUCUCGCCACGAUUGAUCACCCGGCCUUGGCAAUAACUGGAGUCAACCACGAGCAGGAACUGAGCAGCGUCGUGCUCGAUAUCGGUAUCAUAUCGGUCUGGUACUUCCUAGUAAUGCCACCAAUUAUCAUGAACUGGCUGAGAGUAAGAUGGUACAGAAGGAAGUUCUUCGAGAUGUAUCUACAGUUCAUGUGCGUCUUCUUGUUCUUCCCCGGGCUACUUCUAUGGGCACCAUUUCUCAACUUCAGAAAGUUCCCAAGAGAUCCGUCUAUGAAGAAUCCUUGGGACAAACCAAAAGACCCUUCCACUAUCAAGAACGGUUACCUUAAGUACCCAUUUGCUCAGCCAGAAGAUUAUGACUACUAAAAUCUUCAUUUACAGAAAGUUUGUUAUAUAUCUUGUGACUGUAUAUACUCUUCUUAUACUCAGGCUUAAGGCUCUAUGUUCAAUAUAAUCAUAUGACUAUUAAACUCAAAACAUAUAAUAAACAGAAAUAACUUUAUUCUCA